AGUCGGGUCGGCCGAUGCAGUCGGUAGUCUGAUACGGGUUUUAGGCUUAAUGCUUUUAGUGCCGAAAACAAAACGAACACAGCCAAAAAUGGUCGCGAUGGAUAUUUCCCCUUAUCUUUGAAACUUAAGUCCCGCGCUCACAGAAGUACUUUGUGCUCUGUUCAGAUAUUCCUACGUCCGUGGUCCAAACCGUUUCGUCCUUGACUGUACAGAAAGUAAUGUGCGAUGUAGUGCAGCAAAGAAAAAGGAAAACUGAUGUAUUGAGAGAGACCUUUGAUCGAAUGUCGUUCCAUGCGAUGAAAUAUUGAUAAGUACAUUACUAAGCAUUGUUAAUCGACGAUAUUCGCGCUUUGUAACAACGCGUUCCCUCCAAACAUUGGAUAUUUGUACUGUAACGGUAUUUCUCUUUGUGAUAUUCCGCGACUCGAUUAAUCUGGCGAAUACCUCGGUAAUCCUUUGAUCCUUUAGUUCCUAACCUUUCUAUCUCCUUCCGAAUGAGUCAUGCUUGCUCGCGAUAUCAAUGAUCGAUCGACGUGACGUUUAUUGAGUCAUGUGUUAUCGAAUGUUCAAACGUCGUCGUUGCGGGUAAGUUCGAAUUGUAACAAUGGCAAGUGAUUUAUCGAGCGGUUGCACGGAGACCAUCGAUAUCCUCGACGAGAAAGAGGAAGGUGAAAUCUCGUUGGAGGAUGUCAGCUCGUCCGAGGAAGGCGGUAUAGGUCACUUGACCUGCGGCUACGUCGUCAGAACACGACGUUCAUGUCCUGUGUGCAAGUCAACGUGGGGAGAAUGCGCGUCCUGGUGCACUGCCCCUUCCAAGAUGCACUACUCGAAGAGUCAGAGCAGGAGAGAUCCAGUCAAGGGCAAGGAAAAUCGUCAUCACGUGAACGAGGCCGGUUGCACGAUAAUGAAACACGUCCUGUCGACGUUGCAAGAGAAAAACGACGAUCUGGUGCCGAUUUCGAGCGACAGCGACAUGGAAAUCGUGGGUCUCACGGACAUGUCUAAGCAGCUGAUGACGCGCUCGAAGACCAAGAUCAAGAAGAAGAAAAAGAAGAAAAAGGAAUACGAAUAUCUUACCGUCGAUGACUUAAUUUCCCCGGCAUCCGCAGAUCUGCCCAUAACGGAGUGCUUCAGCACAUUAAGGAGCAGCUCCAGAGAAACGUCCAAGGAAAUCACCAUAAGCAGAACGCGCUACAGAGAUCCAAGUCCGGUCCAUAGGAGCGGCAGGACGCGAAUGAUCGCGAAGUCGCCGCUGCGGAAACACAGGUCACCCGUAGGCGCGCGGCCUACAUUUCACGGCUCGUCCCGCUCUCCGCUGGAGCGUUCUCGAUCUCCAAGAAGGUCGCCGCGGAGACUCAGAUCGCCUAAGCGAUCCAGUUCGUUGCACUCUGUAUCUCCUAUGCGAGUGACUUCUAGGAAGCAGACGAUGCGGCUGAACGCGUCACCGCCGCCGUCGUCGUCUGCUGCCUACUUUAGUGACCGCCACGGCGACGUGACUAGAUUACUGAAAAAGGUGAAACACCUCGAUUCCGUGGGCGCGCGCUGGACGCCGGAGUCGAGCGUCCGGCGGAACAAGGAGCACCAGCCGGCGUCGUUAAAGGAGAAGCUAUGCAACAUGAUGAAGAUACCGAAAAUCGCCAACGACCACAUGGCGCACGGUUUCGCGGAGAAGACUCCGAUCAUGGUUGGUAACGAACUUGACGAGGAGGACGACUUGGCGUUGUUGCGACAGAAAGCGUUGGAUACAAAGCAGAAGAACAAGCCCAGCAAGUCGAAGCAGCCGACGAAAACGGAAGCGAAGGCGGCCAUGACGACGAAGAUAAACGACGAGCAGGACGAGGAGGCUCUGGAGCUGCGUAUGAUCGCGCUGCGCUCAGCGGUUAUGAAGAAGCAUCAGAACAGGGUGCAACGUGGCGUACGAGCGAAGAACAAGAGGAAAGCGGAGGUUAAUCGCAGCGAGAGUCCGUUCACCCAGAGCUUUCUCGAGGACAUCCCCGUGCCUAACGAAGAACUGCUGCAGUUCGCGUCGCCACCGUCCACCCCGCCGAUGCUACCGUCGGCUGACAGCAAUCACGUCGAGGAUAUGGAGCUGGAUACGGAUGUCGAGAGGGAGAAAGAGAAGUUGCCGUAUUCGCCGACUGACAAGAUCACCACGGACAUGCCGAUCGACACGGAGCUACUCGGCAUCGAGCCGUCGGACGUGUCGUUCAUCAAUCUUAACAACAGCCCGAUCUUCGCGACGAACGACGAGCGAAGACCGUCUCACCCUGAUGGGAUCGCGUCAUCAGCGCUAGACGACACCUACCUCCCGUAUUACACUCCAUCUCCGAAUCGCUUUGCAUCCUCGCCGUUAUUGAGCAACAGUGAUGAGAGCUUCCACGUGGAACCAAAUGGCCAGAAGGAGCUGCCCGGCUACCUCAGAAUCCCGCCUGGCGACUGCAUCGAUUGCGACUUGAUAGACGGCACUUGCUGCCAGCAGACAUUCGACGACGCCAACAACAAGUGUAGUUAUCCAAUUGCGUCAGCGUAUCCAGAGACCAACGGGGCGACACAAAAUCUUCCAGUGAUCGAUCUUCCGGCGUCUUCCGUGCUACCAGACCGCCUUCACGUGAGUCCGCAGAUGCAGAGUAUCGUGGAGCAAUCUACCGACGACGAUCUACUGGUGAAUUUGGCCUCGACGACGACGUACACGGAACAGCAGACGGUUGGCGAGCAGCGAGGAACGCCGACGUUGCUGAACAGUGACAGCGUCUCGAUAAUCACUGGUCACGAUUCUCACGAGCCGGAGAAUCAGCAAGCGUUCCCUGCCGCCAGUGUCGACAGAGAUGUAUUAGCGUCAGACUCCGAUUACGUCGCCAACGAUGCGGUGAUGUGUUGCCAAGCCGACACUAGCAGGGAGCCCUCGUACAUGCAGGGUGUGCCGGAUAUCACCAAAGAUGCGAAUAAGAUUCCCACGUUGAUCAACAAGACGCUGGUACCUGUGCCAAUCUUGAAGUCGAACAAGCAGCUUCAGCAACCGUUACCGUCGUCGUCGUCGUCGUCGUCGUCAUUGUCAGCGAAACAAGAGCAGCACACGGAGCCGACUUUCAAGAGCGCCGAGAUGCAACCGGUGAUCGUCAUCACAAGCCCGAGCAGCCCGAGGAGCGGCACCGUCUUCAAGCCGAUCAGACUAGUACCAUUCCCGAAGAAGCGUUACCGCGUAUUGACGGCUCCCGUCGUCUUCAAGGAGUCCAUGAACGAGAGUUCAGAGAGCAACGUGUCCAAGAGUGACGCCUCCAAGAGCAGCGAUGGUCCCAAGGCAGCCGAGCAAACCAAGCCUAUGGCGGUCACGAAGAGCGGCAGCUCUCCGACGUCCAAGAAGCGGAAACGCGCCAAAAAGAACAGUCGCGCGAAUUGCAAUGUCGCGGAAUCAACGGCAAAGAGGAAGAACGGUUCAUGUACAAAUAACGAUGUAAAUAAAAAUGUAAAUAUUACCACGACCGUUCCACCGCCCGUUCCGCGACAACCAAGCACCGAGUCCGAGCCUAAGAAGAAGAACAACGACGCCAAUAAAGCGCGAGGGAAUUUCACAAAGAGCGUAGAAGAGAGUGCAGAAAGCAAGUGUCCAACCUUGCCGGCUGACAAUGAUAAAGACAUCAGAACAGAGAAUACGGACAACGUCGAGAAGAACGACCAACACGCGUCCUCGCACGACAAGGAGGAGUUGAAGAAGCACACGACAUCGUCGACAGACAAUGAAUGCCCGCAAGAGAAGAGCACCGAGUCCCAUUGUUCAUCGGCGAACCUCGACACUGCCAAGCACAAAGUGGCGGACGCGAAGGACGCUAACAGGAGAGCGAGCAUGGACGAGGAUGAGAACGAACUGCGCGCCAUUCUCUUGGCCUCGCUCACGAAGCGAAUGACCAAGUCGGACACGAACAGCACCGUCUCUUCAGCGACGUCGGUCGUUACGAACGAGUGCAACGCGACGAAUGAUCAAGCAGCCGCACAGAAGGUAUCAGCGAGCACCGAACCGGUUAUCACGGCCAACGGAAUGGCGAGUGAUCUCUCUGUUGGCGGCGUUAAAAAGAGACCCAACGCCGCGGCCACGGGCACGAAAGGGCCUCCGAAGAAGAUGCUGAGAAAAGCACCCGUGCCGGCCAGCACGAAAGUGGUGAACAACGCGAAGAAAUAUCAGAACACGAUGGUGCAGCGGAAGCUGAAUCCUCAGAAGCUCGAGGCGAACGUUCUCAACAAAGGUAAGGUGAAGCAGCUGAUGCCGACCGCUCAUCAGGAUAACGUGUGGUCAGUCCCCAACGGGCCGACGAAGAAGUCGUCGAUGGCGUACGCGAGCGAGACGCAGCGAAUCGUGAUCAAUCUGGGUUCAGACAGUGACAGCGAGUCCGAGCUCGAGAAAGACAGUAACGCCAAACCCAUGCCCGUCGUAACGUCGAUCGUCAACGUCAACACGCAGGAGCCUAAUACUGACUUCGAGAAGAGCCUACACAAGUUCCUGCGCGACGUGCGCAAAGAACACGAGACCUCGACCGCCACCUCUUCCUCUAAGCCCGCUUUGUCCCCGCAGACGGCGAGGAGAGACACGCCAACGCCAGUGACGCAGACGGACACGGAGAAGGAUUCGUCCAACAUGCACACACCGUUGGCCGUGAGACAUCUUUCAGCGUCAAAACAAGAAGAAUAUCGUCGUUUGAAACAGCAAAUCUUGGAACGUGAGAAGUUGAAGGAGCAGAGGAAAGUGGUGAACAAGAGUAACGACAGUAGCGUUGGUAAUAAAGUGACCAAGAACGUGUCAAACGCAUCCGCGAGACAGAAUCAGACUGAGUCGAAGGAACCAGAGAAAGAUUCUCAGCAACCGGCGGCAGAGAUUAAAGCGAAAAUUGUCGAUGUGGCGAAGAGCACGACCGCGUUGACUACAUCUCCUGCGUCCGUUACCAAAGGUAUCUCAAAUAUUGCUAAACAGACCAAUUCUAUGCAGCUGCAGGCUAAAACGACGAAGAAAAUAAUACCAAAUCUCAGUAUCCGAAUUACCAAUGAGAUCGCGCCAGCUCGCGUCACAAUGGAAACUAAAACGCUCGAGAACUCGGUCGAGUUUGUAAACAAGCAUCAGCCCAUGAGCGACAAGCUGCAGUUCAGACCAGCUUUGAGGACGUUGUCCAGAGACGAGAUCAAUCGCAAGUACGUGCAGGUGCAAUUGAAUCAGGACACAACUGAGCGAGUGGUCACCAUAAACGACAAGACGCCAAGUUCAUGGCACGACACGACGAACACCAGCCACAGCGACGAGCCUGUUGAGAACAGUAACGCCGUGAUGGAAAACCUAGAUGAGAGAACAGCCAAUAAGAGCAACGACGACGACAGAGUCAACGACAGCAACUUCUCCAACGCCACCACCGUGCUGAUCUCGAACACGAGCGAGCAAGAACUCAUGGACUCGAUGGAAACCACGAUAUCGCGUUCCCAGUAUGAGCGCGAAAUGAAUCGUAAUAUUUCGGCGUCGUCGUUGCUCGCGGCAGAUAACUGCUGUAAUGAUGGAAACGACGUUUCGUCGAAGUCUAGUGCGAGCACUGGCGAUGCAGCUAACACGGAAGAUGCCUGGAGUACGCUUAAACGGGACGUGAAGAUAGAACUCGAGUCUCUCGCGCGUAUUUCCAAAACGGAGCAACAGCGGCACCUGUCCGACAUCGAGAACAAAUUAGUCGCGAGACGUUACACCGUCCUAGAUCAUUUAGCAGACAUGUCGGGGAACCUCCGUCAGUGGGACAUGGAGAAGGAGUUGCAGAACAGCCUGGCCGUCGAGGUGAAGAAGCUCAAAGAACAGCUCAUAAUAGCCGAGGAGAGGCUGGAGAAACAGCGUAAUCGCGUCAGCAACAUGGGUCCGAAGAUUACGAUGGCGCACCAAAAAAUUAAUACCGGUCGACGCGAGUGCUUCAAGUUGUCAAGAAUCUGCACGGCCCUGGGCAACCGGCUCGGAAAGAACUACAAGCUACCAGAGGCGGGAGGUCAACUAUUGAAUGAGAAACUCAAAGAAAUCGCCAAUCAUACUCGCCAGCUCUCCAACAGGAAAUUGUUAUCCAACGAUGCUUCCGAAAACUUUAUACUUCCCAGUUCGUCGCUCUCAGAGUCAUCUAAGAUCACAUUAGAAGCUAUAGAAGAUGUGUUAUUACAAACGCUACCGGCAAUCGACAUGGUCAGCGAUGUGAUGAGCUCACAAGACGAUGAUGCUUCCUCUCUUUUGGCGCGAUGUAAUAACACGGAAAGCUCGCCAACGAUAGACACACCGCAAACACUUCCGAACGAAGUGACGCCAACGAAAAAGAAAACCUCGAUGAUUGUAUCGAAGUCUCAGAGCGACGAACAAGAGUCACCCACUGAAGAUAGAUUGCUCUCCGAACCAAAGCUAAGUAGUACACCUAUAUCAGUAAAACGAAAUAACGAAUGUACGCAAAGAACCCGUAGGGUGGACAUCCCUGUGUCUGCCACAUCUCUAGAGCCAGGACCGUCAGUGGAUUAUUCGCUGUGUCCGGACAAUGAGCGAGAGAAAAAGAGAACGCAAUCGCCAGGGCAGUCGCCAGCGCAGUCGCCAGUGCAGUCGCCAGCGCAAUCGCCAGCGCAAUCGCCAAUGACAACGACCACGACAACGACAAUGACGACGCAGACGGCGAUGACGACGCCGACGAAAACUACUUCCUCGACGAUGAUGAAUACAACAACGACAGCAAUGACGACGACGACGACGACGACGACGACGAUGAUGACAACAACGAUGACGACGACGACGACAACAACAAUAAAACCUUAUGUAUCGAUAUUGACACAUUUAAAAACGCCAAGGAACGUGAACCCUAAUGGAAUUCUGUGCCCUUACGAUUUAAUGGGUAUCUGCAACGAUGGAGAUUGUCAGUUUAUUCAUCAGUCAGCGAGUUCGACAUGAAAUAACACAUUACUACUGAACAUAUUCAACAUGAUAUACGUAAGGUGGUCCAGAUUUCUCAACGUCAAUAUGGGUCACGCGCACUUUCUCUUUCUCGGGAAGAUAAACUUAUUAAAAUAUAUAGAUUAGAAUUGCAAAACGACACGUACACACUUUGCGCGAAACGGCUUGAACCGUUUUUUUUUUCCGCGAAAAUUAGGAAAUAAAAGUGUCAAAACUGUAUUUUGAAACCAAGUAUAUUUAUAGGGUAUCUGAUAAUUCAUGACAGUUCAUGAUCCAUUGCGGAUAGAACUUAUCAAACUGAACAUAAAAAUCCUGCACUACUUAGCAAUUACGUAAAAUUUUUUGUUAUUAAAAAAGAAAAUCUAUGAAUGAUCACGCGCGAUAGAUAAGUUGUGUCUGCCGUCGUGUGCUUGUAUAUUAAGUCAAACUGAACAAAAAAGUUCUCUGCAAUUUUGCAAAUGAUCAUAUAAAUUUUUGGUUAUUAAUUGAAGAAGAUUGAUGCAUUAUUGUACACAGUCAUGCAUCAAUCUUCUUUAAUCAAUAACUCAGAAUUUUACGUAGUCGUUUGUGAAAUGGUACAGGAAUUUUGUGUUCUCAGUUUGAUGAGUUCUAUAAUGGAUGUUUUGUGAAUUGUCAGAUAUCCUGUAUGCAUACACACACACACACACACACACACACACAUAUAUAUAUAUAUAUAUAUAUAUAUAUAUAUAUAUAUAUAUAUAUAUAUAUAUAAUGUCGAGGGUAAUCACGUAAAAUUUUGUUUCAACAUAGAUCUCUUCGCCACUCUGAUUAUUGUUAAUAUUUACACACAUAAUAGCAAUUAGCUGUAACAGUCUCCUUCAAGCAAAUGCCUUUGUUUCUCAACUUGCAGGUGAUCAUCAUCACUUUGUCAUCGUAGAAGUUGAUACGUCAAUACAGACAGGAUCACGUGUUGUGCAGACAGAAGCAACACCUGAAGAUGGUAAGUUGUCUACUCCAUGGCAGGUGCUUUUGUGCACAAUCCCGAUAUCACAGUUUUGUUUUGUAAAGUUCUGCGCGUGAAACGGGAUUUCCUUUUCUUUUCUUUUAAACAUAAAACGUCGUGUCGAUACGGAGGCUUAAGAGGGGCACCCGCAAUUCUAUCGAAAGUUCAAAGCAAAUACCUACGAGUGUCUAUUUUUACGAUUGUAAGAGGAGAAAAAAGUGUCACAAACUGCAAGCAAUCAGUGUGGUUGCUGUAAAGAUAGAAGAAGAGUUAGUUGAUCACUUAGACCAAGGAAGAAUUAAGACUCGAAAGAAGAGAUGGUCCAGCAACUGUGAAUAGCUCAACGCUGAUGAAUAAUUGCAUCAGUUAAUCUUUCUUCGUUUUUAAGUUACCUCAUGCUAGUAAAUAUCUUAUUUCUGUAAAAUAAAAUUGAAUAUUUUUUCCUUAA